UUCGACAGGGGUACUGGGUGAGGUGGAAGCUGUCGUUGGCUGCUCUUCGGUGUCGCCUCCGUCGGCGUCCAGUGUGCCGACUGUGUGGUCAUGGGCGAUAGCAGCGGAGCCGGCUCAGGGAAUUCCGUGAUAGGGGCUAGCAGCGAGGCAGGAGGAUUGGAAGGGGACCACGGAGAAGCUUCAGUGGCGGAUCCACGCGACGAGGGCGACCGCACCGCCGUCUCAGGCUGGAAGAGAAGGAAUCGUGUUGGGAAGGCGCCGCCGGAAAGGGCGCUAAACUCUGCUCGCGUGUCAGCGCUAGAGAAGAUCCUCCGCGAGUUCCCCGCAAGGAAUUCGGGCGAAGUUAUUGUGCCGGAGGUUGGAGUUACGUUUGAUUCGGUUGGCGAGGCUUACGAUUUCUACAAUCUCUAUUCAUGGGAACGUGGGUUCAGAGUCCGGUAUGGCAAAAGCCGGCUAAAUGUAGACCGGGUGAAGUGUAUGCAGGAAAUUGUUUGCGGAUGUUCGGGGAGGCCGCGGGCAACUAACUCACACUCCACUCGUUGCCUCUGCUCCGCUCUCAUCCGCUUGUUGCGGUCAAAGGACAACGGCUGGUACAUAUGCGAGCACAGGGACAGGCACACCCACGAUCUAUCUGCCUCAUUUGGAGAACGAGCACACUGGCCGUCGCACAGACAUAUUGACAGCUACACCAAAGAUUUGGUCAAGCAGUUGAGGGAGAACAACGUCAAUCUUAGCAAGGUGUACAACAUCAUCGGUAGUUUCUUUGGCAAGAUGGAAAAUAUACCAUUCACCAAGAGGGCUUUGAAGACUCUAUGUGGGAAAAUCAGCAGCGAACAAGCGGAUGACGAUGUCAGGAAGACAAUAGAAGUGUUCUCUGAGAUGGGGGCUGCAGACCUAGAAUUCACUUACAGCGUGCAAAUGGCACAUACGCCUAAGGCACGAAACACCGCUGGUGCAAAUGGCACGUGCUAAGGAAGGCUAAGGAACGGCUAGGGGCCAUAUACGGGAAGAAUAGCCAGUUCAAGGUUGAUUUCCACUGCAUUGUGAACCAGAUGCUGACCAAGGAGGAGUUCAAGGCGGCCUGGGUGCACAUGCUGAGCACAUACGCCUUGGAGAAGAAUCCUUACCUACAGCAGAUAUACGAGACCAGGGAAAAGUGGGCGAAGCCGUACUUCACCGGUAUAUUCUGUGCAAGGAUGACCAGCACCCAGAGAAGCGAAAGCGCAAAUCACAUGCUGAAGACCUACGUCCCACCUGGGUCGGCCAUGCAUGUUUUUGUGAAACAAUUCAACAAAUUGUUGUACGAUAGGGACGCAGAGGAGAGCUUCCAGGAAAAGAGGACACCUCUGGGUGGAGUGGUUUUUAAGGUCGGCGAACCAAUUGAGAAACACGCCGCCAAGGUGUACACUCGCACAAUGUUCGAGAAGUUCUAGGAAAUAUUGUACAAGUCUGGAUCUUACUAUGUGGAUGAAGAGGUGCCCGGCAAGGUGUAUGUAGCAAAACACACUGACAGAGCCGGGAGAAGUGGUGCAAGGUGCAAUUCAGGGUCGUUGUCAGCGAGGGGUACUACACAUGCGAGUGCGGCAUGUAUGAGCACAUGGGGAUGCUAUGCUGCCAUGUUGUCAAGGUGCUGGUCCAUCUACGGUUCAAGGACAUCCCUGCGUUUCAUGUUAUGAAGAGAUGGACGAUAGACGCCCGUGAUUUGUUGCCACUACACUUGGUGCCAUACCAAAAAGAUCAGGGGCUGGUGACAUCAUUCAGUUUCCGCCAUUCCCAGCUUUACCUCAAUUGCAUGGAGGUGGUUAGGCUGGGGGAUGUGAAUGUUGAUGCAUUCACCAUAGCUAUGGAUUCGAUUAAGGUUCUUGUGCCUAGGCUUAAGAAGGUUGCAGUCGAAGGGGAUGGAUUGGGUCUAGAGCAGAGACUUGUCGCGAAAAAAGCUAGGGUUGAAGGUGCGACAAGCAAGGUUCAAUGCGGUGAGGGCGAUCGGGUGAGUGUGGAAGGCAAUGCACUAAGUUUCGAUGCAGGACUUAUAGCACCAUCGAAGAAUAGGAGUGGUGGCAGGCCAACGACUAGCCGCGACAAGCCUCCGUAUGAGACUACCUCCAAGAGAACGAGGUUCUGCACAGUGUGUCGGCUGCCAGGCCACAAGAGCACAACCUGCCCCGAUCGCCCACCGGGUGCGGCGAAGCCUAGGAAAGAAGCAAGGUGCUCCAAUUGUGGUCUCACAGGACAUCGGAAGACAAGCUGCAUCAAAAAAAAGAUACAAUGUCUGAGGUAGCUUGUUCAUAGGUGCACCGCGGGCGCAAUUUUUCGACAACUAGUUUCAUUUUUAUUUAACUUG